AGCAGGCGGGAGGAGAGCGGCGGCGGUGGCGGGGUGGUGGUAGUGGAGGGAGGACGAGGCGAAUUAAAUCCCAUCCUUUCAGCACGCAUAUGAGCGGUGUCAGCGGGCGGUGAGGCAGGCUGUGAAUCCCUCCACCUUCCUCUGAUUUCGGUUCUUUUCUCCCCGGAGCGGACGGAGAGGUCUGGGACUAUGGAGGAUGUCUACCAUUACACCCGCAGCCCUGCCUGGGAGGAACUGGAGCCGGAGAAACUGCCGGCGUCCGCGGCGGGGAUCCAUGCCCAUGUGGUGGGGGCUGUCGCCGGCUCCGGUGGCGCGGACGAGUCCUCUGACAGCGAAGCGGAGCAGGAAGGCCCACAGAAACUGAUCCGGAAAGUGUCGACCUCAGGACAGAUCAGGAGCAAGACGAGUAUAAAAGAGGGAUUGUUGCUGAAACAGACCAGCUCGUUCCAGAGGUGGAAAAAGCGCUACUUCAAACUGAGAGGGCGAACUCUCUACUACGCCAAAGAUGCCAAGUCUGGCAGUGCCCUGGCACGCUGGCAGGAGCGGGCGCUACGCAGAGUGUCCAGGAGUCGCGUGUGCUGGCGAGUUCUGUCCGUGUGCUGGACGGGCGCGCGACGUUCCCCCCCACCUCUGGGUGCCAGCGGAUCUGAGGAAGGCCUAGUGAGAAUUCGGUCCCUUAUCUUUGACGAGGUGGACCUAUCGGAUGCCAGCGUUGCAGAGUCCAGCACAAAGAAUGUCAACAACAGCUUCACAGUGAUCACUCCGUUCCGUAGGCUCAUCCUCUGUGCCGAGAACAGAAAAGAGAUGGAGGACUGGAUCAGUUCGCUGAAGUCCGUCCAGUCCAGAGAACAUUACGAGACGGCACAGUUUAAUGUGGAACAUUUCUCAGGGAUGCACAACUGGUACGCCUGCUCCCAUGCACGGCCCACCUUUUGCAACGUCUGUAAAGAUAGCUUAUCUGGCGUCACGUCUCACGGCCUCUCCUGUGAAGUGUGCAAAUUCAAAGCCCAUAAACGCUGCGCAGUCAGAGCCACUAACAACUGUAAAUGGACCACCCUGGCUUCCAUAGGGAAGGAUAUAAUUGAGGAUGAGGAUGGGAUUGCCAUGCCUCACCAGUGGUUGGAAGGCAACCUGCCUGUCAGUGCCAAGUGUGCCGUGUGUGAUAAGACAUGUGGCAGCGUGCUGAGACUGCAGGACUGGCGCUGCCUCUGGUGCAAAGCUAUGGUGCACACAGCCUGUAUGGACCUAUAUCCUCGCAAGUGUCCUCUAGGUCAGUGCAAAGUCUCCAUCAUCCCCCCUACCGCGCUCAACAGCAUCGACUCAGACGGUUUCUGGAAGGCCACCUGUCCCCCAUCAUGUGCCAGUCCCCUCCUGGUCUUCGUCAACUCCAAAAGUGGCGACAACCAGGGAGUGAAAUUCCUACGACGCUUCAAGCAGCUCCUCAACCCAGCUCAAGUCUUUGACCUAGUCAAUGGUGGGCCACACCUCGGUCUGCGCCUGUUUCAGAAAUUUGACAACUUCCGGAUCCUGGUGUGUGGAGGCGAUGGAAGCGUGGGCUGGGUCCUCUCAGAGAUCGACAAACUCAAUCUACACAAACAGUGCCAGCUGGGGGUGUUGCCCUUAGGCACGGGUAACGAUUUGGCACGGGUGCUGGGCUGGGGUCCAUCGUGCGAUGACGACACCCAGCUGCCCCAGAUCUUGGAGAAGUUGGAGAGAGCCAGCACCAAGAUGCUGGACCGCUGGAGCAUCAUGACCUACGAGAUUAAGAUCCCACCCAAACACAGCUGCCCCACCACGCCUGAGGGAGCCGACGACUGCCAGUUUCACAUUUCAGCCUAUGAAGACUCAGUAGCUUCUCACCUCACAAAGAUCCUCAACUCUGAGCAGCACUCUGUGGUCAUCUCCUCUGCCAAGAUCCUGUGUGAAACAGUAAAGGAUUUUGUUGCCAAAGUGGGGAAAGCUUAUGAAAAGAGUACAGAGAACGCUGAGGAGUGUGAUACAAUGUCUCUCAAAUGUGCCAUCCUGAACGAGAAACUGGACUCCCUCCUCCAGACCCUCAACGCAGAGUGCCAGGCCCUGCCUCCACUGCCCCACUCCACCCCUCCCAUUGUGGAGGAGGAGCAGGAAGAGGAGGAGGAAGAAGAGGAGGCCAGCGAGGACAGCCUGACGGAGCUGAAGGAGAAGCUGGAGGAGGAGGAGACGGAGAAAGGAGGAGUGGGUUCCUCACACCAGCUGUUCAAAAGCAGGGAGCAGUUGAUGCUCAGGGCCAACAGUCUGAAGAAAGCUGUGCGACAGAUCAUAGAGCAGGCCGAGAGAGUGGUCGAUGAGCAGAAUGCCCAUACAGACGAUAGCGAGCUGCCAUCUCCCCUGGAGUUCAGAAAGGACAGCGAGGAGGAGAACAGAGACAGCGAGAAGGAUGAGGAUACUAAGGAACUGGAAGCAGUGCCAUCUGCUAAGAGUCCCUGUUCUCCAACGGAGAGGAGGGUGAGCCGCAGCACCCAGUCCUGUGGCUCCUUCACCAUCACCCCCUUCACCACCAGCAAGGAGAACCUCCCUGUGCUCAACACACGUAUCAUCUGCCCUGGCUUGCGGGCUGGUCUGGCUGCCUCCAUCGCUGGGAGCUCCAUCAUUAGCAAGAUGCUGCUGGCUAACAUCGACCCCUUUGGUGCCACACCCUUCAUCGACCCCGACCUCGACUCACUAGAGGGCUACAUGGAGAAGUGUGUGAUGAACAACUACUUUGGCAUCGGCCUGGAUGCCAAGAUCUCCCUAGAGUUCAACAACAAGCGAGAGGAGCAUCCAGAGAAAUGCAGGAGUCGUACCAAGAACAUGAUGUGGUAUGGUGUUUUGGGCACGAAGGAGCUUCUGCAGAGAACCUACAAGAACCUGGAGCAGAAGGUCCAGCUAGAGUGUGAUGGCCAGUACAUCCCCCUGCCUAGCCUUCAGGGGAUCGCAGUGUUAAACAUUCCUAGCUACGCAGGUGGGACCAACUUCUGGGGCGGCACCAAGGAGGACGAUAUCUUCUGUGCCCCAUCAUUUGAUGACAAGAUCCUGGAGGUUGUGGCUGUGUUUGGGAGCAUGCAGAUGGCCGUGUCCAGAGUCAUUAAACUGCAACACCACCGCAUAGCACAGUGUCGAACAGUGAAGAUUACUAUCCUGGGUGAUGAGGGGGUUCCCAUUCAGGUGGACGGCGAGGCCUGGAUCCAGCCACCUGGAGUCAUCAAGAUCCAACACAAGAACAGAGCUCAGAUGCUCACCAGAGACCGGGCGUUUGAGAACACACUGAAGUCAUGGGAGGACAAAUUAAAGUAUGAUAAGCCUCCUCUGCGGCCUCACCUCUACCCACAGCAGUCUGUGGAUCUGGCUACAGAGGAGGAGGCCGCCCUGGUGCAGAUGUGCGCCAGAGCUGCAGAGGAGCUCAUUACAAGGAUAUGUGAGGCUGCAAAGACCAAUGGGCUGUUAGAGCAGGAGCUGGCUCAUGCUGUUAAUGCCGCAUCUCACGCCAUCAACAAAACACACCCCAAGUUCCCAGAGAGUCUGACGAGAAACACAGCUAUAGAGGUGGCCAGCACUGUUAAGGCUCUGUACAACGAGACAGAGUCACUUCUGUUGGGCCGAGUCUCUCUGCAACUGGACCCACCAGAGGAGGAGCAGCUGUCCAAUGCUCUGCAGAGUGUGGAGCUGGAACUGGGCAAACUGGGAGAGAUCCCCUGGCUCUACCAUAUACUGCAGCCCAAUGAUGAGGAGGAACACUCUCUGGGUUACGGCAAGAGGAACAGUCGCAGCAGCAUGUUUCGCAUAGUGCCCAAGUUCAAGAAGGAGAAGGCAGCAAAGAAGACGAGCCCUCAGUCAGUGGAGAGAUGGGGCACAGAGGAGGUGGGCAUCUGGCUGGAACAGCUGAGUCUGGGGGAGUACAGAGACACCUUCAUCCGACACGACAUCCGAGGCUCGGAGCUGCUGCACCUGGAGAGGAGGGACCUGAAGGAUCUGGGGAUAUCGAAAGUGGGUCAUAUGAAGAGAAUUCUCCAGGGAACUAAAGAUCUGGCCAAGGCCUCCAUGGUUGACCUCUAACCCGGAAGCAGACGCUACCCGAGAGGGGAAACAAACAUUCCCCUUACAUCAGUGGGACAGAUUGGGAGCACCGUAGGCAGUGAAGGAGAUAGGUAUUCAAGGACAGCUGGAUUUGUAUCCCCCUGCUGAGAAAGCCUUUGUGAUGUUGUUAACAAGAUACAUUAGUGUGUUUGUUUGUGCUUUGGUGCCAAAAUGACAGUCAAGAAAGCCGAUGGAAGUGCAAAAGGAAGUCAUGGAUCUUUACAAUAAAAGCCAUUUCUAAGUUAAUAUCAAUUCAUAGCACACAAUCAGGUAUGCAACUAACCAUACUGUUGACAGUUGACUUGUCGGAGUUAACAAACUAGUAGCAAAACCAGGACUUCCAUGAGUUUGGGUUUGGUAGUGUGUAAAAAUGGGAUGUUUGCUGGAUCUCUGCCUCACUUUACAGAGCUGCAGAUGCAUUAAGGAAAGUGUCUGUUGAGUGAAGACAGAGAGGAUGAACUUGUAACAUCAGUCUAGUUGGGAAUCUGGUAGGCGUGGUGUCUGAAAACAGUAGCAUACUGUCGCAUGCUAUGCUUGCUCAACUUUUACAUAUGUUUAAUUGCAUGAUUAGUGUCUUGAUUUUUUUUGUGUGCAAAAUAACACUUGAACAAGUUUUACAUGACUUAAGUAUUAUGAUGCCAUUUGUUACUACUGAAAGCAUCCUUUUUGGUCUAAAUCAAGUUUUUUUCUAGCUUUAAUUUAUUCUGUUUGCAUGACAAUGGCGUGUCUAAGAUUUGUGUGAUAAGUGCCAUAUUUUCAUUCAUUUAUAGUGUAAAUCGUGCUUUAUUGGUAGACAUAAGAAGUUUUUAAAAAGCUGUCGACGGGGUAUGAAUAUGUGGAGUGAAAAUCUGUACCAAAGUGAAUGUCGAAGAAAUCAUCUGGUCGGUCACACCAACAGGGCAUACGCCUGAUAUUAAGCAAGGUCUAUUGUAACUCGGCAUUGUAAGUCCGCCCUGAUAGUUACAGCAGUUGCACCAUCUGACUUAAGCCUUCUUCUUGCUAAGACCAGCGUAAAUCUACCUAGAAGCAGGUGUAAAAUUCAAAAUCACUUUAUAAAUCACUAUAAAUUGACGUUUUCAGUGGAGGACCCCGCCAGUUAGGUGGAUUUUUCUUAAAGAAAUGGCUUCCUUUGCCUUGCUCAGAUUGUCUUUACCCUUUUCCAUACAUCAUUGUCUGAAUUAAGGCUGUCUGAGUCUGAACAAUCAUUGUUUGCUUUUGAGGUUGCAUUUUCCUUUUCUUUUAUCCUCCAUAAUGCUGCCACAAAUCACAAAUGAUUAGCUACAAAUUAGCAUACAGCAGGAGAUUGUUACCGAUGUAGGAUAGACAACAGCCAUAGUUGCGUGGGCAUUCACAUGGCAUCACUAAGAUGGGGCGUAUUUAAGACUAGGCUAAAGUCUGGUUGGUGCAACCGACAUAAAGUCCAUUCUACGGACCGGGCUUAACAAAGACCGACUUAGCAGUCAGGACCAAGCUUAGUAAAGAUCAGUUGGUGCAACCCAUCCCAGAUGACUUUGUUCAAAUCGCACCUCUCAAUUUUAUAGUACAGUUAGGUCUUAGUUCUUAAAUCCAUUUAUCAAAAAGGAUUAGUAUUAGCCAGGAAAGGAGUAAAAGUGUUGGUGUGAAGCCAACCACAUAUACUGUAGGGUCGUUGAGUUUUUUUUAAGGAAUGCUUAAGAGGCACUUUUUACUUCUUGCUUUAUGCAAGUGCAAAUUCUCAUAUCAUUACAUAGAAUUAACAGUUCACCUCAACUUUUUAACUUUUGGCAAUUGAUCACAGUAUUUAACACUAAUGAGGAUAGGAGUUAGAUAUCGGUUUGAAUAUGUAAUAGCGCAGUUGAUCUGCAGUCUGUAUAGCAUUGUUCAAGUGCAGCUUUUUAUUUUCUCUUCAACUUACAAGUGAGACGUUGAUAGAACACUACUUUUACUUGUUAGUUUCUUUUAAGACUGGUGGCAUUACAGGGUAUAUUUCUAUAUGUGAUGCUUAGUUUGUAUAUAUAUAUGCACUGUAUAUACAGUAUACCAGUGUAUGCAAACAAUGUUUGUAAGUGUUGUAGUCUAAUGCAUUUGUAGAUUGCUGACAUGGCAUGCAUUGUCAACAGCUUACACAUUUGAUUGUGUAUAUUACACCAUAACAAUUGUGUUUUGUUCUAAUCUCUUGUACAUGAUUAAUGCUGUUGUAUUCUAAUGAUGGUGCAAUAUUUUAUCUCUUGUUUUGAUACUGUCUCUGCAGCUUUCUGACAUGAUGUUUCUCAGUGCGGGAAAAACCUCAAAAGGGUUUCUUAUGUACAUGUACUCCUCCUCAAGGUUUUGGGUAUUAGAUUUUAAAAGUUAAGACCCUGUAGACAGACUGCUUUUUCUUACGGACUCCAAAUUUCUUCCAGCGGUUCACUAGUUUGUAGUUUUUGCUCCUCCGUGCUUCCAAGAUGAUACUCUAAAAGCAGGAUUGUGUCAGUGAAUGAGUAGAAUGGCAGACAUGACUGUUGUGUUAAUAUGUAUCACAAUGUAUUUGUGUGCGUUUGGGUGUGUCUACUACAACAUGCAUAUUGUACCUUAUCAGCAAUUGUGAACUUACCAUUGCCAACUCAUUUUAUCAUGUCAUUUCAACUCUGAUAAUUUAGUUUUCCCCUUUGGAGUAUAAUUUGCUGCUUGUAUGUUGGUUUCAAUCCUUCCCUCUCAGAGUAAUUUGUUUAAAAACCAAUUUAAUUUUUUCCUCCUAAAUAUUGAGUGCUAAAAUCUUUUUAAAUUCUAAAUUAUGAUAGAAUGUGUUGUGAUUAAGGGGCUGAAUUGACAGUAGUCAUGUAUUGUCUUUAAAAUUCCAACAGGGGGCAAUCUAUUACACGUCUUCAGUCCCAGACUCACACAUCAAUCAGCACGAUUUUACUGCUGCUUAUGUCAGUUGUGUUCAGUAUAGUGGAGUGUUGCUCAUUGGCAUGCAGAAAUCUAAGUCUAUAAAUCAUUAUCACAUACAUACUAAUGUUGGCCCUGGAACUCAUAACCAAAGAUUGGUGUUAGGUAUAAACCACACAUUUAUAAUCAUCAGAGACUCUUUCCCAUUUUGUUGCACCUCUGCCUGACUGAAGAUCAUUUAGUCCCAUGGACAGAACUUUGCCUUUCAUUUAUUUACUAGUUCAGACUCAUUGUUAACUAUCGGAUGACAUUUGGCCAGAACCUCUGGAUAUAGGGUUCACUCAAUCUCAAGCAUUGUGGCCCCAGAGUCCAGAAUGCUUGACCUUUCCAUACAAAGUGGAAGUAGCCACCUCUCUCCCUUCGCUGUGUUUCCCAGUGGUCUGUAAAUAUUGCUGCAAACUGCCUGGUUUUCAAAAAACCAACGAAACCCAUGCAAGGAUCUGAGAAAGACAGGAUAACAUAGUCUUUGACAUGGCUCCCAAAGUAAUGGGAGAAGAGUGAGUUUCAUUUGUUUACAUUAUGUUUACAAUGGCACAGUUUUCAUUUUUAAGAAUAUAUAUGUAGGUAUAAAAAAUAUUUGCAUAUUUAUUGCCUAAGGUUAAAUGAUAUGGUGUGUAUUGUGUUUUCACAUUUGGAAUAUAAUGUUACAGUUGUCACCUGUAUUACUAUCUGGAUGAUUUUGGUAAAGUAGUUGAUCAUUUUUAUGACUACUAAGUGACUGUUUUCUGUGCCUUUUUAUGGUUAGAAUGCAUGGUUAACUAUUUAUUACAAUUUGGAGUCACUGAGAUGUGUAUUUUUGUAUUCUGAAUAAAUAAAUGGUUCAGCUUUUGUUGUAAAUUUUUAAGGUGCCUUAAAGUAGGCUACCUGUUCAUAUCUCUCUUCUUCAAUAAAACCAAAUACAUAUGCA